UUAAAAAGAAAAGGAAGUUAAAAGUAUCUGAACAUUCUGAGAAGGACUUGCUCACAACCUAAAAUGUUAAACUUGCUUCUGGAGUGUUUGGUGACAAUUGUAUAGAAGCUAUCAAAUGGCUAUGUCACUACUCAAAUGGCCUGAAUAACUAGUAGCAAUGAAUUUGACAUUUGUUGGCUUGCUUUGUUGGAUGUGAUUGCUUGUUCAUAUGCUUCUUUAGUUCAUGUGAUCGUUGGUUGAUGUAUACAUGUCCUUGGGCAUGGCUGUUUCCAGUUCCCAAUUGGAGGUUUGUCUUGUCUGUUCUUGUUUAGUGUAGAAUAUUGAAUGAUUGCUCGCAGAGUGAGUAAGAUAUCAAACAGGGCACGAAAGAAUCAAACAGGGGCGAGGGUUUAUGACGGUAUAUCCUGUUUUGCUUUCGCCAUCAUCGAUGCGUGUUAACUGUGCCAUGGUGGAUGCCUCUCUUUUCUUCUUCUCGUGGAUGCGUGUUAAUUUCUGUUUGUUGUAAUAUUGAUCUUUCCCUAAUCCCUGUUAUGCAAGAUUGUUCCAAUUCAAAUAUCUAGUAGUGAAGAAAUAUUAUCCAAAACAUUAGCAUGGAGGACAACGGUCCAUCGAGGGAGAAUCAGACAUGGACUGAAGCACAAAUGGACUAUUUAGUGCAGCUUCUUGUGGAGCAAUCACGCAUUCUGGGUAUGAAAUCUGGUGGAGGUUUAAAGUCUAAAGCAUAUACAACAAUUGAAAAAAGUAUGAUGGAAAGAUUCGGUCUAGAUUUCAGUAAAGACAAAAUAAAAAACAAGUUGAAGUACUCAAAACCUAACUUAACAAUCAUGAAAGAAAUUAUGAAUACAAGCGGGUUUGGGUAUGACCCAAUCAACAAAUGUAUUGAAGUCGAUCCCCAAGUAUGGAGUGACUACAUUGAGAAAUAUCCGAAUAGGAAAAAGUACAGAGAUCCCAAGUUAUGGAGAUACUUUGACGAGUUCGCCGAGGUCUUUGGUGAUUCUCAUGCCACUGGAAAACAGUCAGACACAUUAAACAACUUCAUAUAUGAGGAUGUUGAACGAGUACCACAUACACCUGCAUCUCAAUCCACUCCAAUGUACAUGAAUCCUGAAUCUUCACAAUCCUUUACACAAAUGCUUCAUUAA